UAGCCGCAAAAGUUUUUUGACGAGCCAUCAAGCGAAGACGAUCUCAAGUUUUAAGCGCGAGUAAGUGACGGAUACGGUUUGAAAAGCAAAUUUGUUACAGUAUAAAAUCUUUAGAACGCUCCUUGAAAUCAUGAAGGCAUCAUUUCUGUUAUUAGCUGCUGCAGUUGUGGCCACGCUCUCUUGCAUUGGUGGCGUGGAUGCGCAACGUGGCUUGCCGCCUCAAGCGCGCGGUUAUGAGGCAAACGCAGUGAUAUUAAAGCAGGGAUUCGAUCUGAAUCCAGAUGGUUCGUACACAUACAACUAUGAAACCAGCAAUGGCAUACGCGCCGAUGAAGCGGGCUACUUGAAGAAUCCGGGUACACAAGUAGAGGCGCAGGUCAUGCAAGGCUCUUACUCUUACACUGGGCCCGAUGGUGUUCUCUAUACAAUCACUUAUGUUGCCGAUGAAAACGGUUAUCGUGCCGAAGGCGCUCAUAUACCAACUCCGCCACCAGCACGCGCUGGAGGACCUGGCAGGUUCUUCAAAUAAGAUCCAAAAUUAGAACCAACUAAUAACACCUUUUCAUUAUUACAUACAUACGAGUUUCAUACAAGUAAAACGUGAUCAAUGCUAAUUAACGUGAUAUUUUGCAACAACCAUAAAACAUACAAACUAAAAAAUAGAAAAAACAAGAACAAUGAUACAACUAACAGCUAUUUGCAUAUAAUUCAAAUUAGAAGCAACAACAACACAACGUACAUACAUAUGAAAAUCGAAACGGAAACGAGCUACAUUCGAGGCUAAACAAACAUACUUACAUGCAUACAUAUUCAUUACGUAUAAUAGGACUUUCAAAUGCUAGCCUGCACACUUUCUACUUUCCAACACAUACACACACUUAUCCAAAUGCAUUCUCAUACAUACUAUACUACAUAUAUAGGAAUAUGUAUCAAUGCUCACCAUGCCAUUUUCUUCACUGGUUUAUGAUUAUUACUCUAAUGACUAACAGGCGUCUAUUUGAGAUUACGUCUUCUUGCUUCUACUUUUAAGUUUUUCUAUUCUAUUCUCUCGAAGUUUUCUUUUCUCAAAACACAAAAAAACACCUUGUCCAUAUUUCGUCCUUUCGCGCGCUACCAACUUCCGUUGCAUCAGCAUUGUUGGGGAUUUUCCACUUUUCCACUAUUUUCUCACUAACAAACAUAUUCUCCCUCCACUGAAGCCACGGUGCUGUUGCUUCUGUAUAGUUAAAAAUACAUAUGUACCUUAUUUCUACUUUAAUUACAGUUAUUUACACCUACAUACAUAAAUAUAUGAUUGUAAUUUAAAAUGCUAUUUUAUACACAUAUAUAUAUAUUUCGUUGUAUGUAGUAGCUAAGCAAUUUAUGUAUUUUGAAUAUUUACGAAUAUUUGCUAAAAUGUGAGUGAUUACAAAAGAUUUUAGAUUUCUUGUAAGUACAGCAAUCAGGCAAUAAAUAAUUGCGUAAAAACUCAUUAA